GGUAAUAAUCUCGAAAUUCCAGCCUUUAAUUCUGAAGCAGUGCGGCAGCACAGAGCUAAAGAUUACAUUAGUGAAAUGCCUGACGAUAUUCUUAUGAUCAUAUUGUCUCGGCUGAAUCUCAAAGAAGCGGUAGAAACUAGCAUUCUAUCACGCAGAUGGAGAUUUGUUUGGACCUACCUGUCGGGCGUGUUUGAUUUUGAUGCGCAACUUUUGUUUUUCCACCAGCAGCUAAUCGGUUCAUCGAGAAACAUAUUUGCCGAGACAGUGGGGAACACACUAAAACAACAUCAAGGACCAACUAUUGCUGAACUCAGGAUUCGCUUCCCCAAGCAUUUGGAUAAUCAAGUUUGCGAGCACCAACUGCACAGUUGGAUCGAUAUGGGCGUGAAAAAGAGAGUUAAGAGCCUCUUGAUAGACUUCAGAAUGUAUCCGCCACAACCAAUGCAACCGUUAAGCUCUUUUUCCAGCUUCACGUCGCUCAUCUCACUUCGCUUGGUACGUGCAAAUAUCUCUGCUGAAAUGAUUCACCACCUUUUAUCCAAUACUCCUGCUCUCGAGGUGCUCAGUAUUGUCGAUUCACUAAGCCAUUUCCAUCAUCUGAAACUGUGCGGCCCUUGUCUGAGGCUCAAGCACCUUGAGUUGAGGUAUAAUGCGAUUUGGGUUCUUGAGAUAUCUGCAGCACCAUAUCUCGAAUCACUCGAGCUUUAUCCGAUCAACAGAAGUAUAAACAUUUUCUACAAGGAUGUUCCUUCUUUAACCCGAGUCUCUUACGGCCUCAUUUUCUGUAAGGAACUCGUAACUAAUAGUUUGUGUCCUCAACUAGAGUCACUUACAAUGAUGGCCUUGUCCUUUAGAUCUGAUAGGGUUUAUGAGCAUAGCGCACAUUUUCCUGCAAUUAUAAGAAACCUAAAGGAAAUCCAUGUGGCAUUGAAUGGAAAUUUCCGUGAAGAUUUCCAUAGUUUCUUUCGCUUGAUAGAUGCUUCUCCUGUCUUGACCAAGGCAUCCUUUAGAAUGUUCUGGUCCGAUCCAUACGAAAACCUUGAGUUUAGCAGGCACCAUGAUUUUAUCAGCCGGCCAAAGCAUCAGUCUCUUAAGGUGGUUGAGAUUUUCGGAUUUAAUGGUAGCGAUAACGAUCAUGAACUUGUCACUUACUUAGUUCAUUAUGCUGCAAAUCUUCACAAGAUAAGUGUCAAGGGUUCUAGAUACAGAUACGAGGGCAUUGAGGGUUGUCGUUUUUCAAAGCUAAAAUCCAUGCUGCCUCCAUCGGUGAAGUUGGAGAUACUUGAAUGAUAUAGUACAAUUAUGUUUGGUUCAUG